GUCAGAAAGCAGCUUCUCCCGGAGCCGCUGCUGCGUGCUGCGCUCCGUCCCCUGUUCCCGGGCUUGGAGCCGAGGGGGGCCGGAGCGGAGCCGCGAUUGGGCUGGGGCUGAGUGGGUGGCGGCCACUCCCGGCUCUGCCGCCGCCUAAGGAGGCUGAACUCUGCUCCUCAGCCCGCUCCCGCCUCCUGCUCCCUCCGCCCUCGCCUAGUGCCGAGCGGGGCUGCGGCGAGCCUUCAAGGUGGCACGGCGGGGACCUGCGCUCCCAGCCGGCGCGGGGAGUGAGAGGCACAUGCCGCCCUCCGGGCGCCCCUUCUCCUGCCUUCCGGAGCGGCUGAGCAGGCGGCGGCAGGGCGGGGGCCGGAUCUCCGAGGAGCGGACCCGCGGAGCUGCCGGGAAGAUGCUUUCUUGUCCCCCCAGAGACAGUUGCUGCUUUAGCCCCAGACCUGUCUGACUUUAGUGGAGAGAUCAUGACUGAAGUCCUCUUUUCAGCUGUUUUGAAUGGGACUGAAACCAACAUUCUGUCAAACACUGGCUGGACUCUGGGAAAUGCCACUACCAAAUGUUCCCUAACCAAAACCGGCUUCCAGUUCUAUUACCUACCCACUGUCUACAUUCUAGUCUUUAUCUCUGGAUUCCUGGGCAAUAGUGUGGCGAUCUGGAUGUUUGUCUUCCACAUGAGGCCUUGGAGUGGCAUCUCAGUUUACAUGUUUAAUCUGGCAUUAGCUGAUUUCUUGUAUGUCUUGACACUCCCUGCCCUCAUCUUUUAUUACUUCAAUAAAACUGACUGGAUCUUCGGAGAUAUCAUGUGCAAACUGCAAAGGUUCAUCUUCCAUGUGAACCUGUAUGGCAGCAUUUUGUUUCUGACUUGCAUCAGUGUGCACAGAUACACAGGGGUAGUGUAUCCUUUGAAAUCACUUGGGAGACUGAAGAAAAAGAAUGCUGUUUACAUCAGUACCCUUGUUUGGGUCAUUGUUAUAGCUGGGAUUUCUCCUAUAUUGUUCUACUCUGGAACUGGGCUAAGGAAAAAUAAAACCAUUACAUGUUAUGAUACUACAACUGAUGAUUAUCUGAGAAGUUACUUCAUUUACAGCAUGUGCACCACUGUGUUUAUAUUCUGCAUCCCAUUUAUAUUGAUUCUUGGUUGUUACGGACUAAUAGUGAAAGCUUUGAUUUACAAGGAUUUGGACAAUUCUCCUCUUAGGAGAAAAUCAAUUUACCUGGUUAUUAUUGUGUUGAUGGUCUUUGCCGUGUCUUAUCUUCCCUUUCAUGUGAUGAAGACAUUGAAUCUAAGAGCCAGACUGGAUUUUCAGACUCCACAAAUGUGUGCCUUCAAUGACAAAGUAUAUGCCACUUACCAAGUGACAAGGGGGUUAGCUAGUCUCAACAGCUGUGUAGAUCCUAUUCUGUAUUUUUUGGCAGGUGAUACUUUUAGAAGUAGACUUUCAAGGGCAACCAGAAAAGCUUCUAGAAGAAGUGAGCUCAAUGUGCAAUCAAAAAGCGAGGAAGUGACUCUCAAUAUUUUAGCAGAAUAUAAAGUGAAUGGAGACACGAGUUUGUGAAUGCAAAAGAUUUGCAAGCAGUUGCAAAAAACAAAACAAAAAACUGUCCGUUUUUAACACAGUAAGAUGCUCUAGUGCCAUGACUGUUUGGGGAAAAUCUACUGAACCGGCCAGCAACCUUGCUCUUUUUGUGUCGGGGAGUGUCUCAUUUUGUGAGUUUAAGGAGAACUUAAGCAAAGUAAGUGUUUAAAAAAAAAAAAUUAAUCGUAAAGGCGGGGUGGAAACGCAUCAGAUUUCUGUUUUUAACCUUUUUUUAAAAAAAUGCUCACAAUAGUAUAUCUUUCUGAUUGGGGUCAGAUAAAAUAAGACCAAGCAAAGCCCACAGAGGAAAUAAUAGUUUCAAAUGUGCUGCUGUUAUUAAUUCUUUUCUCUCCAUUAAUAAUAACAGAUUUUAAAAAAAAUAAAUCUCCAAGAAAAAUAAACUUCUUUUCUGGGCCUCUGUCCAUACUUCCAUCCAUAGCCUCUUCUUUUACACUUACACUGUAAAAAAUUGUUUACAUUAAGAUCAUGAUGCAGCAAUCUUGAACAUUAUCUUGUGAUUUCUGUAUCUUCUACUUUUGGAGCAAAUGAUAAUAUUUUGGUAGCACAGUGGUGCCCUUUCUGGUUCUAUCUUCGCUGAAGGCUUGAUUCCUAUAAGGAUAGGUUCCAGGCCCAUGUGUAUUAUGACUCUCACAAAUUAUUGUGAUUGUACGUGAAAAUUAAGGGUGAAAUUUUGGCAGUGUUGAAGUCAAUGCUAUUGAUUUUAGAGGGGUCAGAAUUUCACCCGGAUGUUUCCACACAGACUGAUGUCUAUUUUGCUUUUUGUGCAAGCAGCUACCUAUGCACACACAAUCACAGUACAUUUUGAGUGUAGAUAUCACCUACAAAUUUGAGUACAACAAAUUGGUACUGCAUAUCUAAAUAUCCAAUAUUUCAGUCCUUGCUAAAGUAAAACCCUCAUUGUCUUCAGUGGAAAGAACCAAAUAAUGGACCUGAAUAAGGACUGCAGGAAUGGGCUCUGCUUGGGCAAAUGGCAGGACCAGAUUUACAGAUUUGGAAGAGGCUUGCUCUUUAGAGUUACAAAUUUUGGCCAACACUUCACUGCGGCUCUGACACUCAGCAUCUGAUGCUGGAAGUUUGUGUGAAUUCUCUUAUGGGUAACAAACUCUAUUAUUGAAAACACUUCAAUUUUUAUCCACAUAAAAGCCAGAGAUAUUUGAAUUAUCUUGUAUCAGAGGGGUAGCCGUGUUAGUCUGGAUCUGUAAAAAGCAACAAACAACCUUAUAGACUAACAGAUGUAUUGGCGCAUAAGCUUUCGUGGGUGAAUACCCACUUCGUCAGACGCAUGUGUGCAUGGAUUCUUCAUCUUCAUUCACAUGGAUCUGAUGAACUGGGUAUUCACCCACAAAAGCUUAUGCUCCAAUACAUCUGUUAGUCUAUAAGGUGCCACAGGACUCUUUGUUGCUUGAAUUAUCUUAACCUUCAUUUGGUACAAGCAUUUUUCACUUUCUUAUCUUGUGUGAUAACAAGCUGUUUCCCAGGCAAAUUCUUAUCAAAAUGGGUUAAAGAACAAUAUUUGUUGGAAUCAGAAAAAAAAAAAGAUAAACUUCAACCUUUUUUUACUGUGAAUAAAGAAUUACUGUAUCAACAAAAUGUUGCAAUACACUGCCAAUAAUUUCAUGCUGGGGAGUGGGUACCUUCAAAAUUUGUCUCACCCAAAUGUGUAAAAGGGUCACCUAAAAUUGGGCAGAAUAAUACAUUGUGUAAUGCAUCCGUUAGUGAGGAGUUGAACACAGACAGAAUCUGUGGGGAACAAAACCUUAUUUAUUUCACAUGGAUAUUGUUUGAAAUGUGUCUGAAAGUAUUAUUGAAUCUGGCGCACAAAAUGGUGUGAUAUGUAAUCAGUAAAUGGUUUUAACAAAUCCUCAGCCCCCACAAACUUUAUACUAGGAAUAAAAAUAAACUAUUUCUAUUUUGCUUAUUAAUUUCCAAGGACUGACUACAUGCAGAAAAUGAAUAGCUCUAGAGAUCUCUUGACUACAUUGUUAAGCAGCUUACAUUCAGAAAUAUAAAACUACUUAACCUGCAAAAACUAUUUAUUUAACUUAUUUAUUGGAAGACUAAGUACAAAUGUGAAGUGUUGUCUAAUAACAUUUUAAAUGAUUCUGUUUUUCAUAUUUUCAUAAUUGAGCAUUAAUGGAAAAAAUAGAAUGGCAUGUUUGAAUUGUUGUAAUUGUACUCUAAUGGAACAUCUUUUAUAAUAAACUAUCAGAUCCAGCCCUGCAAGACAUUUUGGACUACCAUUUGCUGUUGAUGUGCAGUCUACACAUAAAUUAAGCUACUGUUUAGCAAGCAUAAUAUUUUACAGUAAUGCUAAAAAUCUCAUUUAAUCCUAUAAAUCCAAGAAAAUGUAAAGCUAAUGCAAAAAGUCAAGGCUAAUGCUCCUCUUUGUGACAAAACAUUGUUGAAUGUACAGACCUUGGUUCUCAUUUAUAAGGCUAAGACUACCUUAAAGACCUUAUGGUGGCACAGCUGUAUACCGCUGUAGCUGAGCUGCUGUAAGGUCUCCUGUGUAGCUGCUCUGUGCCGGUGGGAGAGAGCUUUCCCGCCGACAUAGCUCUGUCCACACAGGCACUUUUCUCUGUGAAACUUAUGCCAUUUUCACUCCCCUGACUGACAAAAAUUUUGCUGACAAAAGUGCUAGUGGAGACAAAGGCUAAGGCUCCUUUACGCUGCCAGAGAAUGAGAAUCAGCCCCACAGUACAUAGUGUGUAACUAUGCACUUAUGAGACCACACUUAACUGAGACAUGCACUGGUGGGCUUGGCAGAUGAAUUAAGGAUAGUGUCAGAAUGGAUUUGCAGCCUGUGCAAUGAAUGGGUUUUCAUGGGUUUAAAAUCAUGUUAUUUUUACAGUUUUGUGUUUUUUUUUUUUCUUUUUUCCUCCAAUUAGGGAAUAAAAUGUUGCACUAAUUAGGAAUUUUUUGAAGCAUGAAACACACGUACUCAAUAGAUAGUCAAUCCUCAGAUUCAGAUAAGUCUGUAUUUAGAUACUUGAAAAAAAAAAUAUCAACCUACUUUAAUUUUUUUAAAUGUGUAUCAAAGCUGUGCUAAACCAUAUUGGCUAUUCAUUAAUGUAUAUUAGACCUUAAAAAUCAAGAGCAGCAACAAAAUGUUAGGGAUGCAAUUGUAACACAUAGGUACAGCUCAUAAUGAGGGGCAGGGAGGAUCUGCACAACUCUAUGGGAAACUCGAAGGCAAUAUUUACCCUCCUUAAGUGGCAGAAUGCCCGCCGCUCUGCUCCUUUAUGGGGUACACCAUUCUCCCUACAGCACAUUGGUUUCCAAACAUGGACUCCUGCUGUGCCUUCCACACAACAGUGGAAAGUUAAUUUUUACUCAUCUUGCCUGCAUACACUCACUUAAAGAGACCAGCCCAAUACCUCACUAUUGUCCAUUGUGGCAGUAUUGUAUGUAAUCAGGAUUAUUUUUUAAAGGUGACUUGCGGAGGCAACGCACCUCAUUCCAGUAUCUUUAGCUCAGUUAUGCCCUGGAAAUUUCCAUGGUGCAGUUAGGAGGGGCAUUAAGUACAUUUUUAUCUUAAAACUUAUUCUAUUUUCCUUUCAGGUCCUGUGACAUUCAGAACUACCAACAACCAGUACCACCAUCCUAUUCUGAUGUGAGUCCCUGACAUGCACCAUUCUGAGAUGACACAACUACCACUGAGUUCAGCUGGAACAUGGAGCUGGUCCACAGAAUCUCACGUUAAGUCCCCACCUUUUUUUUUUUUUUUUUU